AUGAUAGUAUUCUCAGAUCAAGAUGAAGAGGUUCUACAACAUUUUCCUUCAUUUCAAUGUCUAGACAACAAUCAUGAUGAUUUUUCAGUUCCACCAUCCUCGUCCUCAAAGACACAAGAUAAACUUCGCAAUUCACUAAACAACAGACAUCACAUACCUCAUCUCUCUACUACUACUACUACUACUACUGCCACUACUAUAAAUGAAAACAACCAAUCAGACAACAACAACAACAACACUACAUUUAUUAAUCAGAUAUCAAUAUCACCUUCACCCUUUUCAUAUCCAAAUGCAUUUAAAGCAAGCCAAGAGGGUAUUUCACAAAAUCAUCUAUCUGUUCAGGGUGGCAACAACAAUGGAAGUAACAAAAGCAACAAUAUCAAACCAAAAAAGAAAAAGUUAAAAGGACAAAAGAAAAAGGAUAGUGUUUCUUCUUCUUCUUCUUCUUCUUCAUUUUCUUCCUCUGCCGCUUCUUCUUCUUCUUUUUCCUCCUUUUCUUCCUCUUCUUCUUCUUCUUUGCAUCAAACAUUGACAAGUUCUGGUUCUAUUUCCAACAAAAAUAAUGACAUGGUUAAUUCAUCCAAGAUUGGUUGGUUUGAAGAAGAAUCCUUAGACACUCAUCACUUUAAUAUCAAACUCUAUCCACACAAAUCGAUUUAUUUGGCAGGUGAAACUAUAGAGGUUGAAGUUGAGGUCUAUGUAAAGAAGCUACAAAUUCUAAAUGCCACACUCCAAGGUGUUGCAAAUUGUAGGGACCAUCAAGGACACCAAGAACUCAAUCAAACUAGUUCUACCAAUAAUAAUAAUCAAAAUAAUAAUAAUAAUAGUAAUAAUAACAAUAAUAAUAAUCAAAAUAAUAAUAAUACCAAUAAUAAUAUCAUUAAUCUACAAACAAUUGAUCAAGAUGAUGAAAUUAGUUUCUCAUCUAGUGUAGCAUCAUCAAUUGGUGGUAUUGGAAAUAUGGGUCUAUCAGUUGGUGAUGGCUAUUUAAGGGAAACUAUAGUUUCCUCAGAUUAUCAUUUGUACCCAUCAUCUACGGUAUCACCAUUGUCAUCCUCCAAUCCAAUUACACCUUCAUCGUCACCACUUUCAGCUUCAUCAAACCAAGUAGACUCUCAACAUUUUACAAACGAGCAAACAAGACCAAGAUCAUAUGGUAGUCUACCCAUUCCAGUUACUACAAAACUGUUUGAUCAUUUAUUAAAACAUGUUGAACGACCACAAAUGUAUAAAGAAACAAAUCCCCUGCUUAAAACAAAUAUCCUUUUUUGUAAUAAUAAUAAUAACAGUAAUUUACAACAACAACCUCAACAAGAUCUUGGUGAUAAUAAUUUUUCAAAUAUUCGAAGAUCAAAGUCAUCUGGAUCAUUACCAUUUUUAAAUGAUUAUGUGGAGGAUUAUUCUACUUAUUAUGACGAUGACAUUUAUAAGCAAAUGUGUGAAUAUUUAGAACCUUUACAAAUCGAUACUAGAAAUAGCAACUCAACAACAUCAAUUACCACAAGUAACGGUGACUCUGUAGAGGGGGCAGAAAUGCCGAAGCAUUUUCCAACAGAAUUAAUUAAAUCCUCCUCCAAUAGUGGACACAGCCGGUCAUCAUCGGUGAUAACGAUCGUUCCUAGCUGUGAACACCAAUACCAUCAUCCAUCAAGCAAACUUCAUAAAUUUAAAUUUGAAGUAAACCUUCCACAAAAUUUGCCACCUUCAUUAUCUUUUAAAAAAGACAGCAAAACUGGGGUUUUUUAUCGACUACACUUUACUGGACUAGGUGAUUGCUAUACGAGUAAUAAAGUCUUGUCAAAAAAAGACUCUAGACUUUUUUUAAAAGGUCUAGAGACAUCAGUCCCCAUAAGAAUUUGGAAUCCAUCAUGCCAUUACUUACCAAAACAAGUACUGUACAACAACGCACGUUUAUUUGGACCAUCAGACUCUUUUGUAUCAUUAAAUUAUCAAGAUAAACAAGCACCAUCAAUCAAAGCUAGAUUAUUAAUUCGAAAUUUUGGCAUUAUUGGGUCAUCUGUAAAUAUAAAAUUCAACCAAAAAAAAAAUGCCAAAAACCUCUUUUUUAAUCAUCCUUUUCUUUUUAGGUAUCAAUCAUGUUAA